ACAGCUGCCGUGCGGAAGCAGCUCCUGCAGGCUGCUGUGGUUUAGCCCCGAGCUAACCAGCAGGCAGCCAGCCUACACUACUGGGAGCACGGCUGCAGCUAGUUACCAUUUAUAACCAGUCUUUACGUAUAACAUGCAAUCUGUAGGGCUUACAUUUCUAACGCUACUGGCUAACUUGCAGUAGAUAACACAUCUGGGAGAACCCUGAAGGCUGCCUCGUUCUACCUACGACCGUGUCAAAAUGUCAGCUUUCUCUGAGGCAGCUUUAGAAAAGAAACUGUCUGAGCUCAGCAACUCACAACAAAGUGUGCAGACGCUGUCGUUGUGGCUCAUUCAUCAUAGAAAACACUCAAGGACCAUUGUCAGUGUUUGGAUCAACGAACUGAAAAAAGCUCCGUUAUCACGCAAGCUGACCUUCCUUUACUUGGCCAAUGACGUCAUUCAGAACAGCAAGAAGAAAGGACCAGAGUUCACUCAGGACUUUGCUCCGGUCAUCGUUGAGGCAUUCAAACAUGUAAACAGAGAUGGAGAGGAGGGCUGUAAGAAACAGUUGGGUCGGGUCUUGUCCAUCUGGCAGGAGCGAGCUGUGUACGAGAACAUCCUGCUGGAUCAGCUCUCACAAGUCCUCUAUGGCGCGAAGAAGGCUAAGAAGAGGUCGUAUGAGGAGAUCCGACCCGCUGAUGAGGACUUUGCUUCUCAGAGUUCCCCCACCGAGCCCCCACAGACAGCAGAGUUAAUCCGAGCCCUGCAGGAGCUGGAAAAUGCAGCUUCUGGCGACUCCGUGCUGUGUCAGCGAAUCUCCUCCCUUCCUGCUGAGGUGCACGACAUGUCGCUACUUCACAGUAUAACAGAUAAGGAGUCAGGAGAGCGGCUCUCCCGGCUGGUGGAGGAGGCCUGCAUGCUGCUAGCAGACUACAGCGGCCGCCUGGCUGCAGAGAUUGAUGACAGGAGGCAGCUCACACGCACACUAAUGGUCUUCCUUCAAAGCCAGAAGGACGGCCUGACCCAGAACGAGCAGAAACUUGAAGAAUACAAACGCAAACUGGCGAGGGUGACCCAGGUUCGGAAGGAGCUGCGAUCGCGUCUGAACAAUCUUCCAUGACGACUCCACAUCUCUUGACUGACUGAAGUUUCUCCUUCUGGCCACAUACUGGUGGCCUCCUGCUACUGAAACAUCUCACCGAACUCCUAAAUAUUUGACUAUAAUCCUCUGUUCUUAUUUUUGGAAAGUGUGAUGAAAGAGGGUUUUUCCCAUUAUGUCUUUAACACAUUAUUCAUCCAUAUGGCUUCAAAUAACAGAAAUGUCUUAUUUUCUGUGAGCUCAUCUCUUUGUGCCGUAUUUUAUCAGUACAUUUUGAUUCAUUGCCAUCAGGCCCUUCAUGCUUUGGCCCCUAUAUUUCACAGCUUUAAAGUGGCAUGGGUGACGCUGGUGUGAUAUUUUUGUAUUUAUGGUGACUGAAGAUAAUGCACCAGAGAAUAUCCCUUUAGUGUGUCCUUUAUAAUAAUUUCUGAUCUUUUGGACAACUGUCAUCAUUUUCUUUUACUAUAUCUGUAAAUGAAUCUGUCUUUCUCUUGGUUAUAGAUCGGUGUUUUAUGGAGUGCGAUAAAAGAAAAGUACUAGUAGUAGGAAACCAUAUUGUGAAGCUGAGUAGUAAGCCAUGUCCCUGAAAACAAACCAAAUUGUUUAAUUAUCAUUUACAUGAUGCUUCUUUGUGACAAGAAUCAUUUAUGGAUCAGUGUACAAAUUCACAUUGGCAUUUCAAUGAUGGGAGUUAUACCUGUAAUUGAUGGUGAAAUGGUCAUCAAAAUACAUUACUGAAGUUUCUCUUUACAUCUUUAUUGUUGCUCAGACCUCCAUUGUCCUGAAAGAAGGAGUCUGUUGUCUUGGUUACUGUAUCAUACUGCUUCAUAGAUGUAUCCUUAAGUCCACACUGAAUGCUGUGCAUAUGCCUCACACAGCUUGAUAGGUGCCCAAAGCCAGACUUAAGCUGUUUGUUUUUGUACAUAUGAAGCAAAUUCUUCUUAGAACCAAAUAAACAGAAAAUGUAAAAUCUU